AUGCCACAACGGCAAUCGUCAGCCGUCAUUGACCUGACAUCCAACCAGAUCGAUUUCAAUGCGCAGCCAGGACCGUCCUCACAUCCAAACGCAAGUCCCGAACGACGAAGUGUUAAGCGGCGAAGAGUAGACGGCGGUGGCGCAUCAGGCUCCUUCCCCUCCUAUUCAGCAGGUGCAUCAUCUUCGUCCGACGAACUUUCCGCACCACGGCCUCUAGCAGAAGCAGAGGAUGACCAAAUCGAGGCUGUGGAUCUGACCGAAAUAAACGAUGACAAUUCUCUAGCAAAGGUUCUCGCCAAGCAGCGAGAAGAUGCUAUCAAAGCCCAAGCUGCAACGGAAGACAGGGAAGGGCGAACGACUCUAACAGCCACGAAAUGCGCAAUUUGUAUGGAUACGCCAACCGAUGCAACAACCACAGUAUGCGGACACAUGUUUUGUCACAAGUGUAUUAUUGAUUCUCUCCGUUAUGAGGAGGGGCGAUCCGAAACUACGACGGGCAAAGCGAGCCGAGGAAAAUGUCCCGCAUGUCGAAAGCUCCUUUCAAGGAAAGAUACACCCGGCCCCAGACGCGAUCUCAUUCCUUUGCAGUUCAAGUUGAAGCAGCCUUCAUGA